AUGGACGAUACCCCUUGGGACGAACUCCCACACGACGACUAUGGCCCAGGGUUGCUCGCCACAGUAUGGACUCUUAUUGGUAUUGCUGGUGCAUUUAUAGGCCUACGGAUAUACUGCAAGUUCUCGCGUGGAAGAGGACUGUGGUUAGACGACCAUGUGCUGGUUGCAUCGUGGUGCGCUCUGCUAGCUCUGGGAUCGUUCAUCUCUAUCGACGUGUCAUACGACUUUGGCAAGCAUAACUGGGAUAUCACACCGGGAAAUUGGUCAUGGCUAUUACUCUACGCCAACCUUUCUGGGUCGUUUUCAAUCAUCGCAGCAGCUUGGAGCAAGACGUCUUUCGCGCUGACCCUGCUUCGAAUCACACGAGAAUCAUCCGAACGAUGGAUGAAGUUGCUUGUAUGGUUCAUCAUCAUCUCAAUCAACACUUUCCUCGGCGUCAACGUGCUCUUCACCUGGAUACAAUGUUGGCCUGUUGAGAAGACUUGGAGGACAGCCUCAACACCUGGCACCUGCUGGCCGAAGAGCAUCAUGAUGAACUACAACGUCUUCACGGCAUCGUACUCUGGAGGGAUGGAUAUCGUACUGGCCAUCUUGCCUUGGAAGAUUAUAUGGGGACUUACUAUGACCAAAAAAGAGAAAUUUGGUGUUUUAAUUGCUAUGAGCAUGGGCGUAUUCGCCGGUGCUGUAUCUUUUAUCAAGAUCCGAACGAUUGCUGCGAUAGGAGCUUUCGACAUUAUCGAUACUGUCGAGUUGGUGAUCUGGGGUGCAGCAGAAAGUGUUGUCACCAUCAUCGCUGCAACCAUACCAAUACUGCGAGCAUUGGUACGGGACCACAAAGCACCACCGGCUCGAUUCGCUAGUGACGAAGAGUCCAUGAUGCGCCGUCUAGGAGCAGCCUCGAUUGCAACAGCUACCGUAGCGAGCCCAGGUUUGAGGAGGUCAAGAUCUGAUCUGGAGUUAGCGGAGUGGAAGGACCCAUUGACCGAGACUCGGGCGGGUCAACAUAACCAGGUCCCGAGGCCGUGGAAAUUACCAUUUUACACGACAGCAAUUCUCUUCUCCAGUGGUUCAUACGCCGCAACCAUGAGGCGAGCGCUCCCAGAUUUCACCACUUCGGAAGCCGGCAACCCUUUCGUGGACGGGUGGUACGCCGAUCCCGACACAUGCGUCUACAAGGGCCAGUAUUGGGUAUUCCCGACCUCAUCCUACGCCUAUGACGAGCAGACCUAUCUAGAUGCUUUCUCUUCGACCGACUUAGUGCACUGGACCAAACAUGCGGACAUCAUUACCAAAGCCCAGGUAUCUUGGGCAAACAGAGCCAUGUGGGCGCCCGCCCAUAUUGAACGCGACGGAAAAUACUACCUGUACUUUGCAGCCAAUGAUAUCCAAGAGGGAGAAAAGCAGGUUGGCGGUAUUGGUGUUGCCGUAGCAGACCAGCCCGAGGGCCCUUACAAAGAUGCGAUCGGGAAGCCGCUCAUUGGCGAGUACUAUAAUGGGGCACAACCCAUCGAUCAAGAUGUCUUCAUCGACGAUGAUGGUCAGGCGUAUAUCUACUAUGGUGGCCACGCGCAUGCCAAUGUUGCCAAGCUGAACAGCGAUAUGAUCAGCAUCGGCACCUUCUCAGACGGGAGCCAGUUCAAAGAAAUCACACCCGAGAACUAUGUGGAGGGUUCCCUGAUGUUCAAGCGCAAUGGGAAGUACUACCUCAUGUGGUCUGAAGGGGGAUGGACGGGCCCGGAUUACUCAGUCUCAUACGCCAUUUCGGAUUCACCCAUUGGCCCUUUUAACCGGGAAGCCAAGAUUCUCCAGCAGGAUACCGCUGUAGCAACUGGUUCUGGCCAUAACGGGGUCAUCAAAGUCCCCGGAACGGACAUCUGGUACAUCUUCUAUCACCGCAGGCCAUUAGGCGAUAGUGAUGGCAACCAUCGUCAUCUUGCCUAUGAUAGGAUGUACUUCAAUGAGGAUGGGACAAUCAAGCCAGUCACGAUGCUGGUCAAGGACAACUUUGAGGACGGGAACCUGAUUGGCUGGAACACCUCUUUUGAAGGGUCCUUCUCAGUCAAGGACGGGAAGCUUAAGGCGGAAAAGGCCACAAGUGGAAAGGCCCUUCAGAACACAGGAUUCGAGGAUUUGGUGUUUGACAUCGACAUCGCCCUCGUUGAUCCAGAUGUUGGGUCAAACGCUCAAGAUUCCGGUGAUGCGGGAGUUCUUUUCGGCGUUACGAGUGCUUCAGCAGGAAUCGACAGCUUGACUGGGUUCUACGCUGCAAUUGACGCAUCAGGCGAGGUCGUUCUAGGUCAAAUGGACCAGAGUUGGACUCAACUAGCAUCUGCCCAGACGCCGAUCCAGACUGGAACAGACUACCAUUUAAGGGUGACUGUCAUUAACAAGGAGGUCAAAGUUUUUGUUGAUGAUAUGAGCGCCCCUAAGCUGACACACGUCGUUUCGAAGAGUACAAAGGGUACCACGGGAGUGCGAGUGUUCCGAACCGGGGCUCUCUAUGAUAACCUUUCUGUUGCACACCCGCAGUAA